CCAUGCUACAAUGACAUGCUACGUGGCAAUGCACACUUGUUUUUUACAUCGUAAAAACCCAUGUCUAGUUGGAUUUAUUCUUUGUCAAUGACAAGACAGCCUAGAGCUAAACCUGAACCGUGGUUUAACGAAAGGACUCGAGCUGUCAGACAAGAAUGUCGCAGAGCGGAACGCAAGUGGAGAAAAGACAAGCUGCAGGUGUCCCUUCAGAUGUUUAGAGUCUGCUGGCGUAAUUACCAGGACACUGUAAAAAUGUCCAAAAAGGAACACUUCUCUAACGUAAUUCUGUCUCACAGCCACAACCCCGGUGUUCUCUUCACUACUAUUGACUCUUUCCUUAACUCUCCUCACACUGCUGGUUUAGAAGCAUCUGCUCAGCUUUGUAAUAAUUUUAUGCAGUUUUUUAUUGAUAAGGUUACCUCCAUACGGGCCUCCAUUUUACGCCCAGACUCUGACCCCUCUGUGUGUAAGCCCUGUUCUGUGGUUUUUAAUCAGUUUGAACCAGUGUCUUUGUCUCUUUUAGAGGAUAUGGUUGCCCAGAUUAAGCCCUCUGGUUCUCCAUGUGAUGCCCUUCCACCACAUUUUUUAAAAGAAGUUUUCCCUUGUUUUAGGCACUUAGUUCUUGCCCUUUUUAACAGUAGUUUGUUAUCUGGUGUAGUUCCUACUAAUUUUAAACAUGCUGUGGUGCACCCCCUGUUAAAGAAAACUGGCCUUGAUCCCACUGUGCUGGGGAACUAUAGGCC